CCUCCAGUUGUGUGUACCGCUGUAUGUUGCGAAUGUGGAGAUGCAUGCAAGGAAGAUGGACUUGCAAAAACACACAGAUAGAAAGAGAGAGUAAAACAAUCUUGAGUGUAUGCAUUUUGGGUUCUUGUGAGAAGCAGAAAAUGCACAGGGAACGAGGUGUACAAUGCUCUCGCGCGCUCAUGGAACGACGGCUACGUGUGUGUUUGUGUGUUUGUUUGUUUUAAGCAAUUGAAGUCUUUAAAUGGUUUUAGCUACAGAAUUCAUUUUGGGAUCAUUUUAGACUGAUAAUCAGACCUUAUAAAGGGUACAUUCAUUUACGGGUGCUAUGGCACGCGCGCAAAAGGGGCCAGAAAUGAGCGCGUGACUGCUUUGUAAAGAAAAAGCUGCACACUGAGCUCUGAACUGAACGCCACUCUGUAGGGCAUGAUGCUCGGCCAGACUCCACAUCUUGUUGGGGGAAUUCUCUGGAUUCAAAACCCCAUGCGAGCUGUUCACUGCAACCUGAGUCAGAAUGGGAUCGAUCAUCAAGGGUGUAUGGCAGAUGCGAGUUCACACGUGGAAGAGGAGUCUGUUGAUCAGGGUCCAGGUCUGAAUGAUGGCAGCUCAAGCUUUCAGCAGCACAGUCCUGGUUUCCAGCACUGUACUCCACCACAGCGCUCCGUCUCUGAAUCCGAACUCUCCAAGUCAGGGACGGUAAAACUGUCCAAACCGGUGGCUUUGUGGACUCAGCAGGAUGUGUGUAAGUGGCUGAAGAAGCAUUGCCCAAACCAGCACCAAGUGUACAGUGACGCCUUCAAACAGCACGAUAUUACAGGCCGAGCUUUGAUGAGGCUGACAGACAGGAAGCUGGAGAGGAUGGGUAUCAUGCAAGAGAGCCAGAGACAGUUCAUCCUGCAACAGGUCCUGCAGCUCCGCGUCAGAGAAGAGGUCCGCACCCUGCAGCUCCUCACACAAGGAAAGUGUGAUGAGAGCGAAACAGAGAGUGACAGAGAGACAUUCAGACAAAGACUGAUAGCGAGAAGCCGACAGAGGCGAAGGGCGACUCCAGGGAAAUACAAUGCAAUAUUCCAACCAGUGGGUUCUGCCACACUGCCCCACGCAAUUACAAUAUAUCUGACAUAGAUAUUAAACCAAGAUCCCUUGCCAGCCCAGCUGCCGGGCCUGACUUUGGCUGGAUUUCCCUGAAAACAGCAUCCAGAAAUUGCAUUAACAGAGUCUUACUGAAAAGCAGUGUCUAAACUGUCUGAAGACCGAACAGUAUAUGUGGAGGGAUAUUGCACAGGGGAAGGUUUUAGCACUAGUUAAAAAGAUUUGUUUUAAAAUAUAAAUAGAGAAGAAAAGGGUGGAAUACUAAGUGCCUGAGUCCUGGUCAUGUUGUAAUUAAGAAAAAAAAAAUCAUAUAUAUCAUAUAUUUGAAAUAAAUAUUAUAUGAUGAAUAAUAAUUUUUCUACUUGUAAAAGAGAAAAUAUAGAAGAACUGCAGUGAACAUUCACAAUGUAUUUUACAAAACAAAUAGUCUCCUGUCAAAUACAGGUGCGUAUGCGGUUUGUAAAUUUGGUACUUCAGCAUUCAGCUCUUGCUGAUUAACGAUGCUGUCUGUCUAUGAAUAUCAAGUUGCUCAGGCAAGAUUGAUUUUUUUUUUUUUUUUUUUUUUUUUUUUCCAGCAUAAUUUUUUUUCAAAAAAGAGUUUCAAAUCAUCUUGAUUCAGUGCAAAUGGUGCUUUUUUUUAAGCAGAAAACCUGUUUGUGAGAAGUCAAGCUUCAGCUUACAGCAAGUUCAGUUAAGUGCACAUAGCUAGGAUAUGCAUAUAAGGUGUUUUCUGAUCAAGUUUUAGAAUGGGCUCCUUGCCAUUAAUCAAGCAAACACCCCAAAACAAUGCAUUUUUUGAAUCCUACCUACAUAUGAAGAAAAAAGUGUAAAUCCUAUUUUCAAAAAUCUGCUAUGUUUAUUCAUUUGAGUCAUUUAGUUUGUCUUUAUUUACAAUUACAGGUUCAAAGGUAAAUAUUAACUAUUUCCACUUCCACUACAAGAGCUGAGUCACAAUGUUUUUGGCGUAUCAGUCAACACAAUCAGUGAUCAAAGUGUAACUGAACAGAUGUCCCUAUAUUUCUUACUUCCACCUUUUUAUGUUUAUGCCUAUGUAUUACAGUCUUCACUGUUAAUGCUCUCUAGCUAGCAGAGUCCAGAAUGUAGCCCUGUGACUUCUUUCAACCACCCAAAGUUUCAGGUUCUAUCCAUUGGUUUCCUGGUCCCAUCGUCUCUCAGAGUACAAACAAGACAUGCUUCAAGGCUCUUGUCUGUUCAGGCACCUAGGUGUUGGAACAAACUUCCACUUCAUGUCCAAAUUUCUAAAUCUGUAGCUGCCUUCGAAUUAUAUCUUAAAAUCUACCUUUUCAAGCAGUAUUUGAAUGAACACUUUUCCUUAAAAAACUUUCUAAUUUUAAUUCCCUGCAAAAUGAAUUUUAGACUGAUCGUUUUCUUAGUUUGUGUCCUAAUGAACCAGCAUUAGAUUGUAGUCAUUGAUGGAGACUUUAAAUGACAUUUUUUUAAGUCGCUUUGUAUAAGGACAUUUGCCAAAUGCUGUACUUGUAAAUGUAACAAGCCUGCAUUAAACUGCCUGAAUUUC